AUGGUGCAGCCGAAUUUGCCCUGGAAAGCUGUCGAUGAUGGUUUGGGAAGUGCCCGCGUGUGCCGGGAGCAGGGCUGGGGCCCUGCGGCGCUGACGGGCUGGGGGUCCCCUCCCUCUCGCUCCCAGGAGCUCUUUGCAGAGUUUGGGACCCUGAAGAAGGCGGCCGUGCACUACGACAGGUCCGGCCGCAGCCUGGGCACGGCCGACGUGCACUUUGAGCGGAAGGCGGACGCGCUGAAGGCCAUGAAGCAGUACAACGGGGUGCCCCUGGACGGGCGCCCCAUGAACAUCCAGCUGGUCACGUCACAGAUCGACACACAGAGGAGACCGGUGCAGAGUGUAAACAGAGGUGGGAUGACCAGAAACCGCGGUGGUUCAGGAGGAUUUGGUGGUGGAGGCGGCAACAGACGAGGAACUCGUGGUGGGAGCAGAGGGAGAGGCAGAGGAGCUGGGAGAACUUCCAAACAGCAGCUCUCUGCAGAGGAACUAGAUGCACAGCUGGAUGCUUAUAACGCCAGGCUGCUGUUACUGAGGGCCAAGGAGCAGCCGCAGCUCCUGGUGUGGGCACAGGAUGGACACCAGCUAAAGCGGCGCCCGGCGCGGGCGCCCGAGGACUCCGACCUGGCUCCCGGCUCCGGGGGCGGCAGCAGCCGCGGGGGGGUUUGGUCUCCGGGCGCUGCCCUGGCUCGGCGGGCGCUUCGCAACGACUCCGAAACUCGGAGCUUCCUUUUCCUGAGAGGGCGAGGGGUCGGGCCGCGCGGGGCGGCCGAGCUGCGGGUUGUCCGGGCGCUCCCCGGGCUGCUCUUGGGCCAGGCCCUGCUGAGCGAGGGCAGAUUCGUUGUGUCCCACCGCGGGAAAGGGCUGAUGCCCACGGACGGGUCACGCUGUGCCGGGAGGAUCCCAGAGAGGGUCUCGGUGUGCCAGCUGGCAGGGCAGGCUGAAGGCAGCGAGUGCCGGUUCCUGGUGGGAAGCUACUCCUGGGAAGCACCCGGGGCUCUUCGCCUGGACUUCAUUCCCCGGCUGACGAGCCAGCUCUGGUGA